AGAAAUCUAACAAAGAUGGGCGUGAGCUCGUCCUCGUCUCCCCGUGGAUGUGAACACACACUGCGAAGGGGCGGCGCUUUAAAACAAAACACUCAAGAUUCCAGCGCCAACAUGUACGCCACGUUCACCGGCUACGCCUUAAGAUCAAUAAUUGAGCCAAAAUGGCCGCCAAAGCUGCUUAGUGGCAGCGUUCGAAUGGGCGGGACCAGUGGAAGGCUGGGGUCACAUGACCCGCGCAGAGCCAGGCUGAGCAAUUCCAAUAUGGUGGCCAGCUUGGCAGGUCUACGGUUCCUGUUAAUGAUAUUGUUGUUCUGCGGGAUCAGAUACGGCGCCUGUAGCCAGGAAGCUCCGCAGGUCGUAGGACUGCGACUGGAAGACCCCGAGGGUCUGGUGCGCAUGAAGGAUCGGAUCAUCUCAGCGCCAGAAGGAGCCACGUUCAAGCUCCGUCUGUUUGGGGCUAAUCUGAAUGGAAGCUGGCCGAGGGUCGCGUUUGCUGGGGCGGAUGAGGGAGCCGCGGGGGCGAUCGGUGAUGCCCCCGAUCCGUGCGAAAAGGAAAACAGCCGCCGGGAUUCCGCCUUUCAGGUGACGGAGAAGGUCGACCCGGACGAAGAAUACAGCGGGCUGCUGACGGUGGAGGUGAAGCAUGGGAGCAUCUCUGCGGGCUUCCACUACCUGUGUGUGCAGAGCGGGGAGAGGUGGGCAUCAGUGGGCCCGGACAGACUGCGGAUAAGCACCGCCAGCGAUCUUCCAGCAGAUCACAUCCCACCGUGGGGUCUGGCUCUCCUGGUUGUGCUGAUGCUGUUGAUCUGCGGGCUGCUGAGGACCGUUAACUUGAGCCUGUUGUGGCUGGACCCCGUGGAGCUCUAUGUUCUCCACAGCUGUGGAUCCGAGGAAGAGAAACGAGCCGCCAAGCGCCUGGAGCCAAUUAGGAGGAGGGGAAACUUCUUGACAUGCUCGCUGCUGUUCCUCUGCGCCUUGGGCCACUCGGUCCUUGGGGUGCUCCUGUACCGUGCGCUGGGCUCCAUCGUUUCCGCGGUGUUCACCAGCGGCUUUCUGAUCUUCUUCCUGGCCGAGUUGGCUCCUCACAUCCUGUGCUCCGGUUACGGCUUCCAGCUGGCGCCAGGACUGGCUUGGCUCGGCCGGGUCUGCAUGAUGCUCACCUGUCCCCUGUCCUGCCCUCUUGGGCUGAUCCUGGACCUGGGCCUGAGGAGAGACAUCAGCACCUGUGGGAUACGAGAGAGAGCCAUGGAGAUGAUCCGCGCCAGCGUCAAUGACCCCUACAGUGAAUUUGUGAAAGAGGAGUUCAGCCGUGGGAUGCUGCGUACUAAGACGGUGGAGGACAUCCUGACUCCUCUGAAGGACUGCUUCAUGCUUCCCAGCUCGGCCGUCCUCGACUUCUCCACCAUGUCCGAGAUCAUGCAGAGUGGGUACACCCGGGUGCCCAUUUACGAGGAGGAGAGGUCUAACAUUGUGGAAAUCCUUUACGUGAAGGAUUUGGCACUGGUAGACCCAGAGGACUGCACCCCUAUGACGACCAUCACCAAGUUCUACAACCACCCGCUGCACUUCGUCUUCAACGACACCAAGCUGGACGCCAUGCUGGAGGAGUUCAAGAAAGGCAACUCUCACAUGGCCAUCGUCCAAAAGGUGAACAACGAGGGGGAGGGAGAUCCUUUCUACGAGGUGCUGGGGUUGGUCACCUUGGAGGACGUCAUCGAGGAGGUCAUCAAGUCUGAGAUCCUGGACGAGUCUGACGGCUACUUGGACAGGAAGGUGAAGCGUCCAAUGGCACCUCUGGAGAUCCCUCUGGAGCCUCGCGGCUCCCACGAAGAGUUUUCCCUUUUCAAGCCUCCAGAGGGAGAAGCAAAGAUCCGCACGUCACCACAGCUCCUGCUGGCUACACACCGCUUCCUGUCCAGAGAGGUGGAGCACUUCAGCCCAGCUCGAGUGUCUGAGAAGGUGCUGUUCCACCUGCUCCGCCACCCCAGCGUCAACCAGGAGGUGCACUUUGACAUCAACAACCGGCUGAGCCCGAGUCACUACCUGUACACCCGCAACCACCCGGUGGACUACUUCAUCCUCCUGCUGCAGGGCCGUGUAGAGGUGGAAAUUGGCAAAGAGGGCCUGAAGUUUGAGAACGGGGCCUUCACUUACUACGGUGUUUCUGCUCUGACGCUGCCCUCUUCAGUUCACCAGUCUCCUGUGUCGACCCAGCGGCACUCUCCCAGGGAUCCCUUUGAGUCAGCAGACGCCACCAGCCCAUCCAGCUACUGUCCCGACUACACAGUGCGAGCUCUCACUGACCUUCAGCUCAUAAGGGUGACUCGUCUGCAGUAUCUGAACGCUCUCAUGGCGUCACGAGCGGGCCAGAGUCCAGAUCCUCCAGAGAUCAAGAUCCUGCCCAACAGUCAGACGAAGCUGCUGAAUGACAGAAACACCACACCAGGUAGCAGCAGAGCCCAGGAGAGCUCGACAGAAGAGGAGGCUCAUGGGUAGCACAGAAAACAUUUAAACCAUCUUGUUGGUAGUUUUUACUGAUAAAUCCCACCGGGCUGGAUCGUAGUUACCGGACCAGACUGGAGAAAGAGGGAUUUUUAUUUAUGUAGAUCCACUGCUCAUACUUUACAUGUCCAUCGCCAUUCCUUUAUGUGAUCUUAGUCAUUAUUUUAUUCAUGUAUGUCUGUAUAAAUAUAAAUAUGGAGUGAGAAGAGAAGAGAAGGUAUGUGUACCUUUGGAUUAUUUAGUUUUCUGCGUUAAUUGGUUCUAAAAGUGUGCUGAACGUUUUUAUUAGAAAGAAAGACACUUUGUUUUAAUAUUUCAUGCUACAUAACAACAGAAAAUGUCAGUGUUGGCAGGAAAAGUAAGUGAACCCUUGAUUUAAUAAAUGUUGAAACUGUUGAAGUUCCAGAGAACAGCUUCGGCACCCCACCUUGGCGUUCAUCAGUUCUGAAGAUGAUGCUCAGUUAUGAAAGAAAAUGUUGCUGUAGUUCAGAGUGGAAAUUUCACUUGGAUUUGGUGCAAACUUAAGUCAGGGAGUCCAUCAAAUUCAGGCUGAACAAGAGAUACAAGAGGUAAUAGUGCAACUGAGGACUGCACGAUACACUUAAAUACAUUAGAAUAGGAGGAAAUCAAUUUCAGUAUGUCACAUUUAGAGCACUGUAUUGUCAGAAUUGCAUUGGAAAUUCAUGUUUCUGUCAAUAUAAAUGCGAAACAAUACCAUAGUAGUUUUUUGUUUGACAGUUAGUAUCCAAAGAGGCUGCAGGUCAUGCUCUUUGUUCCUUUGUUACUUCUACAGAGAGGACAACUAAACUCUGGCUCAGAAAGAGCCUGUUUUUCCAAAGCCAUUGUGGGGGUAAAUGGGGGAUAUUCAGGUGGUUACAAAUUAUGUCUUCCUACACACAAUACUCUGGAAGUACCUGUUGUAGUUUUGUCUUUUAUUACGGUAUUUUUGUGGUGUCCUGCCACUGGCCAACUGAUUACCUGAGAUGGUGUCCAGUUCCAGUGCUUUAAAGUCACAACAGGGUUUUUCCAUCAAACAGGUUCUAGUGCUAAACUGGGAGAAGAGCUUCCUGUGUCCGACAGGAAAGCCUUCAUAAAACUCCAGAGUUGGUUUCAUUUUUAACCUAAAUAAAACAGAAGCAACAGCAACCAGAUGGCACAACAUCAGAAGAUCACGCAAAAUGUGAUAUUGUUAGUGAAUGUCGCGAUGACUUUAUGACUGUGAUAAAGAAAAAAAUACUGAAGUCCACAAUGUUACUAUCGGUCUGCUUCGGUUUUAUUGCAAUGACAGACCCAUCAGAUUCGACCCAUCAGCAAAGGGAGCUGAGGCAGAUGGACAUUUUUAGUAAUUUUUUAGGAGUAGAUUUUAAAUGAUCUUCUUAAAUUGAACAUUUUAGGUACAAAAAAUACUAUUUUUCUUUAAGUAGCCAUGUUUUUUGCUUUUAUUUUAAUAUCAUAGUAAGUAGGGUCACAAACAUCUAGCAUUUUUUUUUUUUUUUUUACUCCAAAACAGAUUUGGGCAAAACUAAAUAUUAAACUUGAAGAGUUUUUGAAGAUGGUUCUUGUUUUUGUUCCUGGGAAUAGACAAAAACACUUCAUAGACCAAAAAAAAUAUAUAAACCUUUCCAUCCAAAAAGUUAGGAAACUGUACACGUUUUUUUUAUUAAGGCAAACGUCUGAUGCCCAUUCUCAGACAUACAAUAAUUUGUUUUUUGUGCCUUGUUUCAUUUAAAAAUUGCUUAUUUAUUUAUUCCUGAGCACAAAAAAGGAAAUGAAUUCACUAUAUAAUUUGUAUUUGUAAUUGGAAAAGAAAUCAUGGCGUCUAAGUACUUUCAACAUGGUGAUAUUUGAUCCUCGGUGCAGAAAGUUUGGGCACUAGUGUUCUAGAGAAUGUUGAUCCUUACCUUCCUCCUUACUCUGAGAUUUCCAAAAAGUUGCCAACAUUUCCAAAUCCAGCAUGCUCCCUGACAGACGGACACUGACAGCUCAGGAGGAUAAAAAUGAAGAAAACAUUUUGAGUAUUUACUGACAGUCUUUCUCUCUCUCGCUCUCUCGCAGCCUGAAUGAGCAACAAACAUGUCUCGACAUGUUGUAGAAAGUAGUUUGGUGUAGAUAAGUUGCCUCAGAGGACAGAGGUCCUCAACAGAUAUCCAAGAGAUGGAGGAUCAGACAUUUAUUAAAUUUACUUAUGGAGAGCAUCUAUCUCUCUCUGAAUGUGGAAGAACCAAAGUCAUUCUUAAUUGUAUUGUUAUAGAACAAGUAAAGAACUUUAGCACCAAGACCUGGUUUAGCACUAGAACCGCUUUGGUGGAAAAUGACUGUUUAACGUGGUUACUUUGCGCCCUAGUUUUUGACUUAGCUUAUGGCAGUUUUUUUGAAUUUUCAGCACUUUGAGCUGUACAGCAGACACAACACUAAAUAGAUGUCAUUUCUUAAUCCUUUUAAAAUCAUUUUCCGCUUCAUGCAGUUAGAAUAUUUCCUGAACACUGUUUAUUUAAUGUGUUUUAAGUCAAAGCCACAUCUCUUUCACUAACUGGUCUCCAGCCUCUCAACUCUAGCUAACUAGUGCUGAUGUCUUAAUAUCUGGGUGCACUCUAAUUUUUCAGAUGAGACAAAUGUUUGUGUGGUGUUGGUGUGAAGUGUUCCUGAUAAUAUUUGAAAAUGCAGAUCAUUCUAGAGAAAUCAUAUACCGUUCUGUUUUUAUUUUUUGUUUCUUCCAGGUUUAGUUGAUUGCACUAAACUGUUGCAUUGGCGUUUCUUUCCUGUGUGGAUCUGGGUUCCAAAGUUACAUGUGUAUAUGCAUCUGUUGUGUUUGUCGAUGUGGACUGAAGCAUCUGUUUGUUUAAAGCUGGUUUAAAGGAUGAAAAGUAUUCAGUGUUUUUGUAAGGUGAUUUUAUAUUCCCAUGCAACUGAUCUGUGAACCAAGACAAAAGGGUCAUGUAUGUGGCCAAUCUGUCAGUGGCUGAUCAGAGCUUUAAGCCCUAAAUAAGAAACAGACCCUUUUGAGUGGACAUUCUCUAGUCGUGAACAACUGUUUUCAUGCAAAAAUGGCCUCUUUUGUGAUUUCUGUCAAAAUCAAUUUGAUUAAAAGUUAGUUUUGAAUGUAAAGUAUCAGUUUUGAGCAAAUGCCAAAUAUUAAUUAACUACAUGAAUAUUAAGUAAGCAUGUGCCAUGCCCAUCAGAACAACCACACUGAAGGUGAAGAACUGAGACUAUGUAUUUGACAAGUGUCUUCUCCAAAGGGGUUCUGUGGGGGACAGGUCCAAAGCAUAAUGAAGCAUCAGUGCAGAUCAGAUCUUUAGUGCCCUGCUGCUGGAGCUAAUGUCCAGUCAGAGCUCAGCGUUUCUUUUAGUUGCAUGACUGAACCGUCUGAUGUGAGGGGAAAGCAAUCUGUAACACAUGUUCUUAUACACAUUAUGGCGUCUUUAUUAACAUAAUUUUAGUGGCUUAAAAGCAGUAAAACAUGCUUAAACGCUCAAAGUUUGCGUAACACUGACAAAUUAAAACAUAUUAUUCAAAUUUAUGUUAUGUAACAUUUUUGAUUCAACUGUUGGAUGAAAAGAGACAGCUCUGUGAAAGGAGAUGGGUUUGCCUUCCUGUAGCAAAGAGAAGGCGCUGAGAUACAUGUUGGGACUCAGGUCAACACUACCCCAGCAUUAAACUCCAGCAGGGGGCACUCUGAAUCUGCAGCCUGCACUGAUCACUCAGAGAACCAACAGAAAGGUGAAUCAGAUGGACCUUUAAUGCUGUGGUUAAACAUUCAUACAUUUGUUUUUUGGGGAUGAUUUUGUAUCUAAGUCAUCAGCUUGAAAGCACCUUGUCAUUCGUAUUGAGGCGUGUCCUUAAGUUCUCAACAUUCAAUGUACCUUUUUGUGUGAAACGUCAAAUAUUCCACUCAUGCCAACAAGUAAGCAUCCAGUUUUCAUUCCAUUACUCAUUGUAUGUUGAUGGUCUAACGUGUAUUUCUAGUGUCUUUCAGUCAUCGUAGCGUAUGUCUAAAUGUGAAAUACCCCUCUGAAUAAGGUGUGUUUAAUUAUUUUAAUAUACUAAUAAAAAUAAGAACAUUUUCCAAAAAAGGAAAUGUUUUAACCAGUGGGUUUGGAUUAUUUCAGGUUUAUCUUAGAUAAUUGAAUGGUAUAAAUUAAAAAAAGUGGGAAAUGUAUUCAGUCCUUCCGAGUCUAACUGUGAAAGUUAAGUGGAGAACCCUCUACAGGUCUUGUUCUGUACAGACAUGCGAGGCCAUUGCGAGGAUAAGCUUAAAAGUAAAGCCACUAACACAUUGUGUCAUAAUGCCUAAUGCUUAGACAUUAAAAAACAUGUUUAACAUGAGUCCAAACAUGACAAAAGGAAGAGGAUUUUGUGGAACAAGUCCUAUCACGUCUUUAAAGUAUCCAUGUCACCUUUGAAGCUCUCCCGUUCUGAACAGUGCAUGCGUAUUGGGAUCAAAGGUGUGGUUUUCUUUAAACUAGUUUAAUGUCUCAAUUAAGGUACUAACAUUAUUAUAUAACUUUAUUGUGUUUUUUACCUGUGCUAAUUCCACGUGCUGGGUUUGUAUGUGCCAAAUGUUUUAUUAGUUGUAGGUCGGUUUUGGUCUUUCAAUAAAGAUUAAAAAAUAUAUAUCCAACAUAGGUAAUUGCUUUAAUUGAAAUAGCAAUUAAAAACAUUGUUCAAAUCUUCAGCAAAGACAAAUUAGCCUAAAGACUAGUAGAAACUCCAUUAAGCCAAAGAAAUCAGAGACCUCAACCUUUAGAUGGCUUUGUAAAUCAAUGAAAAUACCUGAAUGAGUUCUGCUCAGAACAAGACUACUGUGGAUUUUAUGCCUCAUGCCUUUCAGUCUAACUGAAAAGGAUGGUUGGGAUUACUAAAAUGUAUUAAGGUUAGACCUGGAAAAAAUCCAAACCUAACAACCUGAGAAUGCUCCUGCAUUCCUCAACCUGUCAUAGUCUCCAGUGUUAUGUAUGUUGUGCCUCUCUGCCUCACACUAUGGCUGCAGCCUCUCUGUCUGAUGCAGACGCGGAUCAGCAAAGCUUUCCAGGAGAAAUAAAACAGGUUGAGAUAAGGCUGAUUAUCAUUGGAAUGAAUGCAGGGUAUUUACUAGAGUGGCUUUGCUUCAGCUUUGUUACAUUAGCACCAUUUGUCUCUUUGUAUUUGUAGUCUGUGCGACUUGAAUUCGGUGUUAUUACAUAUCAACACAUUUCAGGUGAUUUUCUUUUUCUAACAUCAUUUCUGAGAAAAUAGUUUCCAGCUGUCUACUUAAAUUCUGUUGUAAAAAUGUUGUUUUAACGGCUUCUUAAGACUGAAUGUAGAAAGAUAAUCACAAACUAAUCAGAGAAAUGUUUGAGUGUGAAGGGUACUGGAGUAGAGUGCCAUUCAUUAUGAAUUAGAUAGCGUAUCAUGUUUAGGAUGUAGUUAUUAACGUUUAGGUACAACACUGUUACCACAAGAGAAGUUCCUGUCAAUCCUUCUUGCUGUCCGGGGUAUAUUUGUAUGAAAGAUUUGUUUGAUUUACUUUUUUUUUAGACCGCUGUCCGAUUUUGAUGCAUUGGGAUUCAACUGCAUUGGACCCUUUCAAUACUUUCUUAGGAAAUAAAUACAAUCCUGUUCUGAAA